UCCAUGUCGUCUCUACGACUCCCAUCCCCACUUGCUGCUGCUCUUUGCUGGCUCUCCUCUGGCUACUUGCGGCAACUCCCAUCCCCACGCGCUCGCUCCCAUCCGAUAUCUGAGAUCUCACCCGCCUCGCCGGCGAGCGGCUGACGGUCCCUCCGGCUAUGGGGAACUGCUGCUCCGACGAGGUGAGCCACGCCGGCGCUCACCACGUCGGCGCCGCCGCCGCCGCCAAAGCCGCCUCCGCAGCCUCCGCCGCGGCCGACCGCUUCCUCCGCUCCCGUGGCGCCGGCGCGUCCACGCAGAUCGAGUUAUCUCUCUCAGCAUCAAAUUUGGGCGAUCAAGAAUAUUUUCCCAAGAGUAAUCCCAUGGUGGUUGUGUAUUCCAAAAGGAGAGAUGGGGCACUUGAAGAAAUUGGGCGUAGUGAAGUCAUUUUAAAUUCAUUGAACCCAUUUUGGACGACCAAAAUCAGUGCGCAGUACCAGUUUGAGGUUCUUCAGCCAUUGGUGUUUCAGGUCUUUGACAUCCACCAGCAGUUCCAUGAUGUCAGUGAAAAGAUGCUUAAGCUGGAGGAGCAAGAGUUUCUUGGAGAGGCUACCUGUCUUUUGUCAGAGGUUAUCACCAAACGGGACAGACUGCUGACGCUGAAGCUUGGUGUCUCUGAACAUAACUUGCCAAAUCCUAAUAAAUUUGGUGAGCUAACUGUUCAGGCUGAGGAAAGUUCAGGUUCAAAAGCAAUAAUGGAGAUGAUAUUCCGCUGUUCGGAUCUUGAAAUCAAGGAUCUUCUAACAAAGAGUGAUACUUUCUUGCUAAUAUCUGGAAUAUCAGAUAGUGGAAUGCCUGUUCCAAUUUGCAAGACAGAAGUAAGAAAGAAUGAUCUCAAUCCUAGGUGGAGGCCAGUGAUUCUGAAUCUUCAACAGAUUGGAAGUAAGGAGAACCCUCUAAUUAUAGAAUGCUUUAACUUCAGUAGCAAUGGGAAACAUGACCUAGUCGGCAAGAUAGUCAAGUCAGUCGCAGAAUUGGAAAAUAUGUACCAUAGGAAGAAUGGUGAAAAUUUCUUUGUUCCUGCCAGCAAUGCUCAUGAAUGUCACAGUAAGGAGGUAUUGAAGAGUCAGCUAUAUGUAGAGAAAUAUGUUGAGAGCAACAGGCAUACUUUCCUAGAUUAUAUUUCUGUUGGGUGCCAGUUGAAUUUUAUGGUAGGCGUAGAUUUCACAGCUUCAAAUGGAAAUCCACGGCUUCCAGAUUCUUUGCAUUAUAUUGACCCCUCAGGUCGGCCAAAUGUAUAUCAGAAGGCAAUACUGGAAGUUGGAGAUGUUCUACAAUAUUAUGACCCAGCGAAGCGUUUUCCCGCUUGGGGCUUUGGAGCAAGACCUAUUGACGGUCCUUGUUCUCAUUGUUUCAACUUGAAUGGCAGCACUUAUCAACCUGAGGUUGAUGGAAUACAAGGAAUUAUGUCAGCUUAUAUCAGUGCUCUUCGUAAUGUAUCAUUGGCUGGUCCCACCCUCUUUGGUCAGUUGAUAAGCACUGCCAUGGCGAUAGCUAGCCAAUCUCUUGCUGACAAUCAACAGAAAUACUUCAUUUUGUUAAUAGUCACUGAUGGCGUGGUGACUGAUUUUCAAGAGACUAUUGAUGCCAUCAUAAAGGCAUCAGAUUUUCCUAUAUCCAUCAUUGUUGUUGGAGUUGGAGGGGCUGAUUUCAAGGAAAUGGAGUUUCUAGAUCCAAAUAAAGGAGAGAAACUGGAAAGCUCAACCGGGAGGGUUGCAUCAAGGGAUAUGAUACAGUUUGCUCCGAUGAAGGAUAUGCACGGCUCUGGGAUAUCUACACUUCAAUCACUUCUUGCUGAGAUACCAGGGCAAUUCAUGACGUACAUGAGGACGAGGGAAACUCAAACAAUUAGUUAGUACAUGAUGCCUCCAAUCAGUGCAGGAUGCGCCCUCGAAUAUCAUUUUCGGCCUUUCCGUUACAUAGUGGUGCAAGUUUCAAGUCAUGGAUGUGAGAUAGAUAAUAUGGACGUGUCAAGUGUAGGUGAAAGAUUGACCUCCUGGAGACGUCAACAUCAAAUUGGUGAGUUGAGCUUGUUUAAAAAGGCUGGCAUAAAAAAAAAUGCUGCCUGUGAAGAGAAAUGAGGACCUCGACCUCAAUUCCAUGCCAUUUUUCUUUUACCAAGGUUUAUUCUGGUUUGAGUCGGAUUCCUAGGCUGAACUCUCUCUACCUGUUUGUAAGAUAUGUGAUUUUAGGGUUUGGGCCUUUAUUAUCCUUAUUAGGUACGCUAGAAUAGGAACUAUUUUGGCAUUGCACAUUCAAUUUUUCAAGCAUGGACAAUAUUCUGCAUGGCUGUUUAGUUCACAUAUAUAUAUAUGGUGGUGACUUGUGACCUGUAUAAUAUAGACACCGGAAUAUAGAGAAUUUGUGGUUAGCCAUGUGACAAUCUCAGUGAAGAUUUCAGGCUUCGGGGUGCAAUACGUUUUUGUAUUCUCUUCUUUUAAUUAUGAGCCAUGUGACAAUCUCAGUGAA